AUGAUGAAAGCCAGGAAGAGUUUUCUGGAGAGGCUGACUAUCUUGAGCCUCCGAGGCCGCCACGGCGCGCUUCGUCUUUCGCGCCUCGCAGCUGCCGAGGGAUUUGGUGCAGCGGGUCGUGCUGCCCUUCGCAGUGCCGGAGAGGAAGGAGGAGCAGCAACGGCUUUCCCAGAUGCUGUUCCACCUGGGCUUGGUAUUGCUAGUUUGGCCCUGGAUGUGCUUUGGACCUCCAUGCCUUCAGAUUUCUGCUGGAUCUUUGACAACCCAACAACAGGAAUGGUGGCGAUGGUUCUAUCGCGAGUGCCUCGCAGAAUGGGCUGUGGUCAAUGGACAGACCUGGGAGGACAUCGACCUCCAGCUACUUGUGGCACCCUCGACCAGGCCAAAACUCAGGUGCCAGCUUCGGCACCGGAUGGCGGCAAACGCGUCAUGUGUCCCCUGGGUGGAGGGAAGGAUAGCUUGGUGGUCUUUGAGAUGUUGAGAUACCAGGCCGUGUCUACUGAAUGGCUCUAUGUGGGUGAGCCAGGUGAGUUUCGGGGCAGCAGACGGCUGCAAAGAAUCGUUGAAAGGUCGCAGAUGCCGUGUCACGUUGUGGAACAUGACUUUGGGGUGAAAGCAAUGUCCAUGGAUCGUUCCCGCCGUUUUGUCUCUGCUGGACACCCUUGGGCGGCGCUGGUGGCGUUUGAUGCAGCCCUUUGUGCAGCAAUGCUCAAUUUCCAAUAUGUGGCAGUUGGCAACGAAGCUUCUGCAGAUGCUGGAAAUGGUAUCUUUUUGACGAAGGAAAUGGUAGAUGGCCAGGUGGAGCACCUUGAAGUGAACCAUCAGUUCGAUAAGUCGUCCCUCUUCGGCCAGCGCUUCCACCUCUAUGCGCAAGAGGUCUUUGCUGUGCAUCACUUCUCACCGCUGCAGCAGCUGAAUGAACUUCAAAUCGCCUACAUCUUUGCCACAAGAUGUCAGGCUUUUCAUAAGGACUUCAUCUCCUGCAAUUUCAGCCAUAGUCAACACUGGUGCCUCAAGUGUGAGAAAUGUGCUUUUGUCUUCAGCCUCAUGUCGGCCUAUCUGGAGCCGCAGCAGUGCGUGGAAAUCUUUGGAGAAGACCUCUUUGAGAAGAAAUCCUUGCUGAAGACCUUUCAACUCCUCUUGGGGCCAAAGAAGCCCUUUGAAUGCAUCGGCGAGGCCGAGGAGACCCAAGUGGCCUUGGUCUUGGCGCGUGCGAAGCGGGCCGCAAAGCCGCGCUGCGCUGUGCAAAAUGAUCGCCGGACCCUGGCAGAGGUGCUGGCUGAUGCAGGCAGGAGUCGUGCUAAGGCUUAUGAUGCUCCUGAGUAUCGAUUGAAACUUAGGAUGAUGCUGCAAGAUUCCAUCUUCCCCAUGCCGCCAGGCUUUUGGCAAAAAGGAACUCGCAAGACUCCAGGCAAUGCGAAAUGGCAGAAGGCAGAAGGCAUCUCAAGGCAUUUGCUCUGUGAUGAUGCCAAUUUCUCGGUGCAGGCCGGCUUUGAGGCCGGCAAGCACCGGGCCGCCGGGCAGGUGGGCGUCACCAUGUCACCCGAAGAGGCGGACCGUUUAGGGCUGAAACCCUUUGGCGACGGCGGCGCGGAGAACGAGACCUCGCCGCGCAGACCGAAACUCUACACCAAUGGCCCCUGCAGAUCUCCUGCUGCUGCGCAAUUUGUGGUGCCGUGCCUUGGCUUCGAGGACGCCGACGAGGCCGAGCAGCGGCGCAUGGCCACCGAGGCCUUGGAGAAGAUGCGGCGGAACGGCUUUGUGGUGCUGGAGAGUUUGUUGCCCACGGAGUGGGUUCGGAAGUUGGAGGCCGAAGCGCAGGCGUUUUUGGAUCUUCCACAGGAAGGUUUGAUUCCGCAACCCUUGCGGGCAGGGCGCACAGAAGGGCAUCUGGCCUUCACGGCCCCUUGGGCCAGUGACUGGCUCUUGAAAAAUGAUCUCAUCCUGGAGGUGGUGGCUGGCUACAUGACAAACAUGUUGGCUGCUGGCCGCACGCAGGAAGAGCAGCAAUGGGCUCUGGUUCAAUGGCUCACUUCUGGAGCCAGCUUGGACUGGUUUCUGCUGCCCGAGUGGGGUCCCAAGCGGGGCCCCUUACUGGAUGAUCCCCCAGCGGGAUGCAGCGAUGUGGGCGAACGCGAAGAUGUGGGACCUUUCUUUGGUCGGAUUUCUUUGAUUCGAACACCACCAGGCUCCGAGCCCCAGAAGCAUCACCGCGACAUCAACUUCCCGGGCCCUGCGGCGCAAGUCACGGCGCAGGUGGCCUUGACACAAUUGGAAGCCAACAACGGACCGUUGGCGUACGUGCCGGGCUCGCAUCGAAUGGUCAUGCCCGGCUUCGAGGUGGUGGCGAACCCACCCUUGGGUUCCGUGGUUCUCUACGACUCCUUCUGCGAGCAUAGAGGCAUUGAACACCACGGCACCAAAGACAGGUAUGCCAUGUAUUACGAGUUCGAAACGCGCGGGGUCUUCAGUGGCUACACGGCCAGUCAUUUCGGGCCCAGCUCUGGAGACCAUAUGAAGGUGGGGGACUCUGGGUGGCUGGGAUGGUGA